AUGCUGCUGGCGCAAGCUCUGCCCCUUUCACUCAUGUAUAUGGCGCUCACAUGCGGUCUGCUUGCUCUCAUAGUCCAGCUGGUCCACGCCAGCAUUCCCGUUCUUCACCUUUAUAAUGGACACAUUCCUAUAGAACAUCCUCCGUCGAACAUCCCCAUCCAGCAGUUCGUUGUCGGCCAGCCGUAUACCUUUGAAAUUUAUAUGGAAAAUGUCUUAAGGCAGGAUUACAUAGUGCAGUCUUGCUCGAUGAAUGGCAGAUCAUUCAUCGACAGUCAUGGAUGUGUCCUGUGUGGAGAUGGGAUUCUAACGAGCAUAGAAACUGAACAGUACGCGAGAGAAGGAGCUGCGAAAAGAACUCUAGUACACUUCAUCGCCAAGCAUCCAACAGUGAAUCUCGUCUGCAAUAUCAGAGUGUUGGAUUGUAGUGGAUGCGCCGAGCGUUCGUGUGAACGACAUCCAGUACUAGCAAUGUUGCCUGGUGUUUCACACUCUCUUGUCUAUCCAGUGGUUGUUUUUAAGGGACCACAUUUUCCCUUAUGGUUACUUAUUAUUCUGUUAAUUUUCUUAUUAUUGUGUUGUCUGGCUCUCUGUUUCCUCCCACUCUUUCUGCUCCAAAAACGUCGGGAAAAAGCCAAUACCAGAAAAGUAGGGAAUUUCAGAAGGCAGAUUGAUGCGUAUGAUUCGGCAGCUCCAUGUGAUCGCGCCAGCUAUAGAAACUUUGCAUACGAAAGAGAUAUGGGCAGGGUAGCGCCAGUUGAAGGAUACGACGAAGUAGAAACUAGGUCAGAGCGACGGUUUUGUCGAAGUAGUAAUGAAGAUAACGAUCUGAUGGAGAAAGACGUGAAACGAACACACACAUCAACGUUGACUCAUCAUUUCGUUGACGAUGAUGUCAGCUCGACCGGAGAAAGAUGUCGCGAAGAAGAUGUGCACCAUGCGGUAUACUCUCAGGGCUUAGAAUUCCAUUUAAAUAAAAUACUCAUUGUUCAAUCCUCGACACACUUAAAUGAUUGCUUUAAAAUUAUUACAACAGCAACUUUGUUCUCGUUGUUACGUUGUAUUUGUGUUUUCAUGUUGUGUCUUUCACACGAGUGCUUAUGUUGCAGAAGUGUUAUUCCGUUGUUAUGGUGGAAAUAA